CCCAAUUCUCAUACCUUUUUUCCCCUUCUCCUUCUCGUCUCUCUCUUCCCUUCGCCCUAGCCGCACUCCCGUAACCACCAUCAUCCUCAUCUCCGACCACCUAACCACACCACAAGAAUUUUAUUCUCAAUCUUUCUCUCUCCCAUUUCUCCUCAUCCCCGAUUGUCUCAUCCAUUUCUCCAAUCAUCCUCAUGGAUUUCUAGCAAUCAUUCUCGCGACUUCUCUAAACCACCUGGAAAGCUUUCGUAUCCUCAACAAAUAAGUAUGUUCUUACUCAGUUGCUUAAAAAUUGUUUCAAUCCAAUUGAAAUAAAGCACUGGUGGUGCCUCGCCAGAACCAUCACCGUCACCGCCACCAACUUCUGUCCCCCAAACUUUGCUCUGUCCAAGGACAACGGUGGCUGGUGUAAUCCUCAGCUCCAGCACUUCGAUUUGGCCGAGCCUGCUUUCCUUCAAAUUGCUCAGUACCGUGCUGGAAUUGUGCCAGUUGUAUUCAGAAGGAAGUGAUGAAAGUUAAACUUAUUUGCUUUAUGAGUCGUUAUCCUGAGUGGUUACCUGAGCAACACAAGGUUCUCCAGAAGCACAGUUUCUUAGUAGAUAAGAUGAGGUUUGAAUCCGAAGACACUUACUCUUUCUUACUUUUUGGUGGCGGUGCCUUGCUUACCCUGUGGCUAGCAUCAGCUGUUGUUGGAGCAAUUGAUUCUAUCCCGGUGUUCCCCAAAUUGUUGGAGAUUGUUGGUCUUGGCUAUACAGUUUGGUUCGCAUCUCGCUAUCUGAUAUUCAAGAAAAGAAGGGAGGAGUUAAUUGCUUGCAUUAAUUAUUUUACUUUCAUACCAUGUUCCUUGAGUUUUUUUAGUAAUGUUAAUACAAACUGUGAAUUUAAUUGAGAGGUGGAUAUACUUACUAUUAACCCUUCGAUUUUUUACGACUACCAUCAGAUAUUCCCUCCAUGAUUAUCCUUUUCUUGAAGCUUAGUUUUUUUUUUCCUGCUGGUUUAAGUGACCGCUAUUUAGUUUCUCUUCGGUUUAUCUUGUUUUUUUUCUUCUGGAUUUUGGUUAUUUUAGUUAGUUCUGCUGGUCUCACGACUUAGUCCUCCUAUGUUUUUUGUUUUUUACUUGUACUCAGAACUCUGUUUUGUUUAGUUUUGAUGAAUAGCACCCCUAUGUUUA